GGCCUCAACCGACCGCCAAUGUACCCCUUCACUACCGGUCAGUAUCCUUACCCGAUGCUGAGUCCGGAGAUCUCCCAGGUAGCAGCUUCCUGGCAUACCCCCAGCAUGUACCCCAUCAGCAGCGGGAGUGCCGGAUUCAGGAGCCCUUACCCUUCGUCCCUGCCUAUCACCACCGCCAGCCUUCCCAGCGAUUUCUACAGGUUUUCGCCGACGGGGCUGAUGGGACCUCACCCGGGCCUUUCGCCUCACUCUCACCCAGCCAUCGUCACACCAGGGCCCAAGCAAGAGCUUGGAGCCAACGACAUCUCCCACAGGUCCUCAUCCAUGGAUCAUAAAUCAUCUUCUUCAGCUAAUGACAGUUCGAAAUCUCAAGACUCUGCUCAUACCAGCAACAAUCAAGAAAAGAAAAAACCACACAUUAAGAAGCCACUGAAUGCUUUCAUGUUAUACAUGAAGGAGAUGCGGGCCAAAGUUGUUGCAGAAUGUACUUUAAAGGAGAGUGCUGCUAUCAAUCAAAUUCUUGGUAGACGGUGGCACAGCUUAACUCGAGAGGAGCAGGCCAAGUAUUAUGAAAAGGCGAGAAUCGAGCGACAACUCCACAUGGAACUGUACCCCGGGUGGAGCGCUCGAGAUAAUUACGGCUAUGGAGCGAAGAAGAAGAAGCGAAAGAAAGAACGCGUUACCAUCACAGAUUCCGGAGGUAAUUCCAUGAAAAAAUGUAGAGCAAGAUAUGGCCUGGAUCAACAGAGCCAGUGGUGUAAGCCUUGCAGGCGUAAAAAGAAAUGCAUUCGGUACAAGGAGUGUGGAGACGACGGGACUGCCUCUGAAGAUAACCUUGGAAGCGUUGACAGCAUAGGGGACUCUAGAGCAUCGCCUGACUGUGACGGAGAAUCGUACCAACAGAGUAGCGGCUCCAGCCCUGGAGGCCUAUCCGGCCUGUCCAGUUUGACUAGCCCAGGACUACUUGCUAGCCCAGGGGGCAGCCUUCACUCUCCAUCGGUCAGCCUGGCGAGUCCUUCGCUCCAGUCACCCCUAACACCUGGAGACUACGACAUCAAACCUCCUCGACCAGUUGGGGCCAACCCGCACGAUGCUAACAACCCUCUGUCAGUGAACCAGCUGACUGGCAAGUGUAUCAAAGCUGGCUCCCCGACUCACCACCAGCAACCUCAGGCCAAGGAGGCAAGGACAGUGAUCAGUGUCCCGUAGCGAUUGUCCCACGGGCGAUAGCCCUGCGUUCUGCUCAUUGCUCUUUGCUCCAGUUACCCUGACUUCUAUUAAUUUGUUAGCUAGCCGUAAUCAGACCAAAGAUCUAUCACUCAUGUUUGGUGUAGUGACUGCCUUUUUAACUGACAGAAUGUUUUGAAAAAUUAUGAAUUUUGGUUACUUAACUUAAAUUAAAAAAAGUCAAUACAAUUAAAUAAAUCAGUUGCGAAUAUAGUUAUUUUUUAAUCUUAUUUGUUUUCUUUAAAUUUGUAAAAUUAAUUCUUAAUAUAUUUUUUAUAUAGAUAUAUAUUCUUUUACAGAAAAAAUUACCCAGAUUUCUUUUAUUUUAUAAGUAUUAGUAUAGUUAAACUUACCUGCAUUUUAUAUCUUUUUAAUCACAAGUUGUAAAAGGUAGUCAUGUUACCACUUUAUUUUUCAAAAUUACUCUCUUUCUGAAAAUUGACAUCUGAUUUUAGUUUCUAACAAAUAUUAGUACACAAUCCAUAGCAUCUUUUUACAGUUUUGUUCAUUCUCCCUUCUCAUUUUGAAGCUUCCGCAGCAUUAUCUAUUCAUCUAUUUCUUCAAUAAUUAUUAUAGAACUGUUUCUAUGGAUAUUAAUAGAUUUGUGUUGAUCUUUUAUUUUCGUUUUAGAAUUUGAUGCAACAUUCCAACACUUUUCUAUUAAAUAUAAUAAAGAUAAGCAGAUACAAAAGAGCUGUGAGAGUGAGACGCAAAAGACUUCUUUUUUCCAAAUGUGAUUUUCGUUAUUAAUGCGUAAGAAUAAGAGAGAAGAAGUGAGUUUUAAUACAAAUAAUAUGUUGUAUGUAAAACGGACGUGCUUCAUUGUAUAUAAUAUAGGAGUAAGUGCAAUUUGUAGUUUGUGUCAAAAAGUGUUGAGUGUUUAUCAUUAUAGUUUAAUAAAAGAUAAAAUCGUUUUGUUAUUAUUAUUUUUUUUAUAUAUGUAUAAAAUGAGUCAAGCUAACAGAAUACUCAGGACAACUUGUGAAAAAUGACCAGGCAAAAUGAUUAUUUUUUAAUAUUAAUGAUGAUUUUAUUUUAAUUGAGGUAGUUUCUUAAAAAAAAAAGGACUACUUCAUUUUAAUAUUUUUGUUUCAGGUAAUUAUGACAAUGUAUAGACGCCAUAAGAUAUAAUAAUAUAAAUUGGAAAGUAAAGAAAUUUAAAACUGUAAUUAUUUUCUUUUAGAUAUUUUCUUCUAUCUUAAUUAUUUUUGUCAAAUUUAGCCAGUUCGAAUUUUAGACCAGGAUCAAAACAAGAAAGAGUUGGAACUAAUAUAAUAUAACAUUUCAAAAUUUUAAUUUACUUAUAUUACUAAAGAUUUGUUCUCAGUAUUUAAUUAUUCCAAAUUCACAAAUAGCAUAAACCCAUAUGUCAAUAAAACAUGUUAAUCGUUUCUUUUAAUCUUUAAUCGUUCCCUAGGUUUUUAUUGAUGACAAUAUUUAUUUCUUCAAACUUUUUUUAAUAUAUCCC